CCUCAAGCAAUUCAUGACAAUGGCUUCUUUUCGAAUUGCAGAUAUUCAUCGUCCUGUAUCUACGGAUGUUAAGGGUGUAGGACCAUCCAUCACGAAUGUGGAACACUUGUCCUCGUAUAAUUGGAUCGAAUCGCCAACCCCAACAAUUGCCGUACCCGGUUGUCCUCCUCUCUGGUCUCCACCUAAAUCACCCAAAAAGGUAGACAAGGAUUCUGGGCUCAUUUACGUCGCUCAAAAUGCAGCUCGCUAUCCUGAAAGACCACUUGAGCCGCUUUUUCGUUCGCUGUUCAUUGAAAAUCCGUCCUACGAUAUACGCGCAAUUGACCUGAUAACCGAUCGAAACAACCUUCGCAAACUUCUGGAAUUCAUCAAUCCGAGACUCUCUAAACAUGGACUCGAACCUUUCACCAUUGAGGUUGAGGUCACGAAUGAUACAGCGAUUUUUUGUCGGGCCGAAACUAAAGCAAUAGAUAUCAUUAAACCCCACCAAUUCAAGGGUUACGGUCAUGAGUUCGAGAAGGCAUUCACCACUUCUCAGAUAGCGGGCAGUACUGGGCACCAUAGAAUUAUUUCCUACGACUUUGGCGGUUUGAAGCUUAUAGUACGCUACGAAACUGACGCUUAUAUUGAGCCUCCGAGGCCUCAACAUCCAGAGGAGUCGGAAGAUGAAGACUUACUAAACAUGAUGAGCGAUUUGUCUCUUGCCCAACCCGCCAAAUCAUCUUAUAUUCCCACUGAGACCAGAUUAGGGACCAUGAAACAAGGCAAAAAGGUUCCAGUCUAUUCAAUUCUUGAGAUUAAAACACGCUUGUUACACAAGCCUAUCCGCAUGCAAGAAGUCCUUCCACAACUAUGGGUUUCUCAAACACCCAACCUUGUCCGUGCGUACCACAAAGGCGGCGUCUUUCGCCCACCAGAUGUUGAAGACGUCGCACUUGAGAUUAGUGACUGGGAAAAAGACCAUGCCAAUGAUCUUGGAAGGUUGGUCAAAUUGAUCAAAGAUAUCAUCGAAGUGGUGAAAAAAAAUGAAGGUAGCGCUGUUCUCAAGCAUGAUGGUCGAAGAAAUCAUCUCGAGGUUUGGACGAGAGGUGGAAGCAAGAUGUUACCAGCUGAUCUAUAUCCAAAGUUCGAUCAAGACAGAAGAUAAUCCAAGCGAUUAAUUCGGGUUUCUGAUAACAGCACCGGGUAGUCCAAUGGGCACAUUUUGGACAUUGAUCUUACCACCAAACCGGACUGAAGUUUCUUUGACUGACUCUCCUUCCUGGUCCACAUAUUCCUUAUGCGUCGUUAUUUUGUGUUGCCGCUUACAGCACAGCUGUUCGCGGAUGUUAUAUUUCAUUUGAAUGCGGAUGGACGUUUGGGCUACUAAGCCAAUUUAAUGUAGCUGAUAGUGUCUUCAUUUACCUCUACAGAAUGAUA